AUGCUCCGCAGACCUGUACCAGAACAAAGGCGGAAAAGUAGCUUAAUUGGAGGGAAAAUUAUGCUAAAUAAAUAUGAUGGAAAAUCCAGGCGCAUACGCAACCCGCAGCACAGUUUCUCUGGAACAGGCUUCACCACCCCGCACGUCACGGAAACGAGCGUCAUUCCAUCGCUGCUUGUCGCGUUGAAUUCAUCAAUAAGAUAUUGCUUGAAUAAUAAUCAGCACGCAGAGUUUCGUGAGGGACUUGAAAAGAGGAAAUAUCUGAUAAAUCAGCUACAAUCUUUCAUGGCACUAAAACAGGAGCUUGAAGUAUUGAGUCACAAAGAUGCAUCACCAAAUAUGCCAGCAGAUCAUAAGAAAGUCAAAAAAGAAGUUACUAAGCAACUGGAAGUGCUUAAAAAAGAAAUAGCACGCACUGAGGAACUCGUUGCUGAUUUGGAUAAAAAAAUGACUUCAUUUGAAAACACAAUCAAGAAACUGGAAAAGGAACUCAAAGAUGGCAAGGUUAUCUAAAUUUGGUAGAGAGGAAGACCCUAUAAAUUUGUGACAUGAAACUCUAUUGUAUGUAAGAGUAUGUCCAAAUAAUAUUUCAGGGGAAGAUAAAGUUAGAUAAAAAAUGUCAAGGGACCCAUUUCAUUUACGUUCACAUUGCCCCACAAAUGUUCAAGGAAAAUAAAAUACCUCUCCAAGGAAACCCAUGCCAUGUAAACAUUAUUUUUAAUUACCAAUUAAACACAAGAAAGAUAUUUUCACUACCUAAUUAUAAAAUUUGAAAUUCAUAUAUACAUAAAUAACUUGUGUGGAUUGCAACAGCGCUUAAUGAAGACAAACACUAGUUACAACAUAAAAACCCUGUAUUUCUCACAUCUUUUAUGGAGAGUAUACAAUAGCUAUUUACAUUUUAGGUAUUGCUUAAGUCAAAGAUGACAGAACUCAAUGGCAACAUUAAAAAAAAAAAUAUUAUUGACCCAGCGCUUUACUUUCUCAAAAUGUACAUUUGUGUAAUUUUUGAAAAAACAAAAAAUGAGAUUAUCUUCUAAAAAUACCGAAAAACUAGUUUCUUUGUGCUUAUGUCUGAAAAUGUAUUCUGGUACAAAUUUAUUAUUAUUUAUCUUUCAUGAACUGAAGAACUCAUUAAGAAGUCCUAAAUAAAAUAAUAACAUAGGGAUAAAUGUAAAAAAUCAGUAAAUGAAUGGAUCCAAUACCUUGAAGAAUGAACGACUUUGUAACUUUUGAAAAUAAAUAAUUUGUGUCUUGUAUUUAU